GAAUGCGAUUGAACAGCGUGUAUUGAGUAUGAACGAAUCUUUGUAGCGGUGGCUGAAACGAACAAAAAACAGAUGAAGAUGUGGCAUCCCUGGCGAUCCCUCGCUCUGUGUGUGUUACUUUCUUUUCUUGUAAGCCACGGCCAAGGAGCCAGGCAGAGCCAAGAUCUCAAAUGUGGAGCAUGUCGAGCCAUGGUGGAUGAGAUGGAGUGGGCGAUAUCCCAGGUGGAUCCUAAGAAAAUGAUCCAGACUGGAUCGUUUAGAAUAAAUCCAGAUGGUAGCCAGUCUGUCAAAGAGGUUCCCCUUGCACGCUCAGAAGGUAAUCUCCUGGAGCUGAUGGAGGAAGUGUGUGAGAGGAUGAAAGAUUACGGGGAACGUGUUGACCCUACCACCAGUAGGACAACCUAUGAGAGGGUCACAUCGCGGGAUGGCAAGUCUAUGGACCUCUCCGAGGCUAAACUGGAUUCUAGAGUCACAUCCAGCCUCAAAUAUGCUUGUGAGACUAUCGUUGAACAACAUGAAGACGAGGUCAUCGAAUUCUUUGCCCACGAAACGGACAACGUUAAAGACAAACUGUGUAGCAAGAGAACUGACCUUUGUGAUCAUGCUCUGCAAAUACCUCAUGAUGAGCUCUGAUUCUCUCCUGCACUUCGCACAGCUACCUUUCACUUUUUUUAGUGGGCCGGAGACCAUCCUAAUUACCUGCAGCACCGGGUGCUUAUUGUCUGUUCAGGAAUGAGGGGAGAUGAAUAUUGGAGAUCUAAAAACAAAAGCUAGAUUUUCUCUAUCAAUCACAAGUCAUAGAUGCAAGGCAUAAGUUAUUGGGCAACUACUGUUAAGAAAACUCAUGAAAUCAACUAUAUUCUAUCACACAUUUGUGCCUCAAUUUAUUGUCCUGAUGCAGAUGUGUAUGAUGUAGGUAGACUUUUUAGGUAGAAUAAUAAUUGUCAAUAAAUCACAAAAGUGUGUUCC